AUUAUCAUAAGAUGUCAAAAUAUAUGUCACACGGCCGCUCAUUAUUGGUUGAGGUGAAGAGAGAGACAAACUGCUUUUCGGAUUGGGUUUUUGGGCUGGUGGAUUGGGAAUGGCUGGUGUAACGGCCGCCGCCGGCGGCACCGGUGCCGCAAUGUCGAGGGCUUUCCAUUACCGUUUCAGCCAUUUCUACUUCCCCUUCAGAAGCUCACUUUCUUCUCCACGAACUUCUUCCAUAGCUGCGUCCUCUUCCCUCCUAUUCCAUGGCAACACAACGCUCAGUUUCAGUAGCUUCGGGAGGAACCAUUUCUUCGUCUCUUCCGCCGUCUCCGAUCGUACAAAUGGAGAAUCUCACCGUCGUCCCAACGUCGUCGACAUCCUCGAGGAAAGGGGUUUGCUUGAAUCCCUCACCAGCGACAAUCUCAGGAAUGCUUGUUCCGACCCAAAUCUCCCUCCUCUCAAGGUCUACUGUGGCUUCGACCCAACUGCCCAGUCCUUGCAUUUGGGUAACCUUCUUGGAAUCAUCGUUCUCUCAUGGUUCCAGAAAUGCGGUCACCGAGCCGUUGCUUUGAUUGGCGGAGCCACUGCCAGAGUUGGAGACCCUUCAGGUAAGAGCUUGGAGAGGCCAGAGCUCGACCCAGAAACUCUGGUCAAUAACACAUUGGGUAUCACCGAUACAAUAACAAGAAUUCUGGGUUCUCGUUCUCGAGCCCAGAAAUUUUCUGGGGAUUAUUCGGAUUCCCUUGUGAUUUUGAAUAACUAUGAUUGGUGGAAAGAGGUUCUGUUGCUGGAUUUUCUUAAGCAAGUGGGUCGGUUUGCGAGGGUUGGAACUAUGAUGGCCAAGGAGAGUGUGAAGAAGAGAUUGGAAUCGGAACAGGGAAUGAGCUAUACAGAGUUCACGUACCAGUUGCUUCAAGGGUAUGAUUUUCUUUACCUGUUUAAGAAUGAGGGUAUUAAUGUUCAGAUUGGUGGGAGUGAUCAGUGGGGGAAUAUAACUGCUGGGACUGAGCUUAUUCGGAAAAUACUUCAGGCAGAGGGGGAGGGGACUUAUGGCUUGACAUUUCCUCUUCUUUUGAAGGGCGAUGGCACCAAAUUUGGCAAGUCAGAGGAUGGUGCAAUUUGGCUUUCAGCAGCCAUGUUGUCUCCUUACAAGUUCUAUCAGUAUUUCUUCUCUGUUUCGGACUCGGAUGUGGUGAGGUUUCUCAAGGUUCUAACUUUCCUUGACAUGGAAGAGAUAAAGGAUUUGGAGAAGGAUAUGAAGAAGCCAGGCUACAUUCCCAACACGGCUCAACGAAAGCUUGCAGAAGAAGUUACCCGUUUUGUCCAUGGUGAGGAUGGUCUAGCUGAGGCUCUUAAGGCAACUGAAGCAUUAAGGCCUGGGGCUGAGGCCAAAUUGGAUUGGAAGACCAUUGAGGGCAUUGCAGAGGACGUGCCGUCCUGCUCUUUGGCUUAUGAUCAGGUUGUUUCACAAGUUUAACUUCCCAUAGUUGGAAUGGCAGUCUCAAAACCUUCCACCAGCAGCUCCAUGAAAAAACAGGUAACCUCUUUUAUUUUGUUUUGUCUUUUUGACUUUUAUUGUUUUUGAUUUUGUAUUUUGUCUUCUGGAGCACAUCAAAGGAGAGGUAUGAUAAAACUCCUUGAGGAGUUAAUUUUCUCACAAUUUGAAGUAAGCUUUCUUAGUCAUAUGGUCAUUAGCUUUUUGAUAACUGAAAAUUAUCACCUUUUUCACUAACAUGUCAAAAUAAAGCAAUAAUAACCAUCAACAGAAAAGAAAGAUUGCCCCCUUUCUCAUUUAUGAUUCUGGCUGUAGUUCUUUAAUUUCCUAUUGCAUCAUAAUUCAUUUUGUCUGUUUAAAGCCUUGUUGAGAUAAGGUGGCAAAUGUUGUCAUUAAUAGGAUAUAUUAUGAAAACGUUUUAGAACAUUCAUUGGUCUUGCCUCAUUGCCUUAGUAUUUUCACUAUGAUUAUCUUGCACCCGCUUCGGGUUUCUUAGACGAAAACUGUUCCACUGUAUUCCCAGUCUCAACCUCACUUUAUGUUUUGUCUUUAAUCGGAAAAACUCCAUAUCUGGACAGGCUACUAUCCUCCACAAGUUUACCAGUAGUUGCACUUAUGAUAAAUUGAAAGAUUUCUAAGCAUUUAGAUGCUAGUGGAUUGCUAAUCAGCACUUUUUUGUUUGAUUGUGAAUGUAUCUUUCUUAUGUAUGAUCCAAGUCCUGAUGAGGUGCACUGUCAAUAGACUGAAUGCUUUUUGUGGCUUCAUUUAAAUUUUUGUGUUCUUUCUAGUUAAGUAUACAAAGAUAACGUAGUUGGUGUUUAUACAGAUGAAAAGCCUUAACUUGUAUCUUUCUUUCUCUUUUCUAUGUAAGAAAACUUUUGUAUAGAUAGAGGUCUAUAAUAUUUAAUGGAAUGUAUCUUCUUCUUUUUAAUAAAA